AGUAUCUAUGCUGGUACGGUCAAGGCGAGUGAUCAGAUACUGCAUUUGAAAUUACAUCUACACAUGUACCACAGAAUAGCAUUACAACGAACGACUUACCAUUUCGUACACUAAUCUACACACCACCAUGAUUUCCACCACCGAAGCCAAUGAGCAUACCAAAUACUUCACCCACCACUGGACCAUCACAAUGCCCGAACGCCGUAACCUGAAAUUCACACACAACACACCUGCCUCUGAUCUCGAUACAUGGUUCGCCAUGGUCUUUGACCCCCUCAACCGGCCACACGACGCGACCCUGCGCGACAGAGCACGAGACCCAGCAGCAAUAGACGAAUACAAAGCCAGCACAAUCCAAAAAUAUGCUGACGCAAUCACGCAAUUCAACCGGAUCGAUAUCGGCGUCGAGAUUGACGACGAACUAGUAGGCGGUGGGAAUCUCUCUUUACUGCCGAAUGGCGGAGUGAAUAUCGGGAUGCAGUUCAAUGUUGGUGCGCGGGGCCAAGGGCUCGGGAAGUUGACAAUGAAAAUGUUGAUUCAGUUGAGUCGUCGAAUCGGGUUGGAGAGGCUGCAAGCGGGGACUAUGAAGUCCAAUGAGCCGAUGCGCGCGCUCAUGGCUAGUUUGAAGAUUCCGGAGAGAGACGAGAUUCAAGCGGUCCCCGGGAGGGGUGUUGUUGGGGAGGUGUUGUUCGAAAUUCCUACGAAUACAGAGUGGCAGGAUCUGGAUUUGCAGGUGCAAUUUGGUCAGAGUGUACAAGUUAAUUAG